CCGCUUCACUCCAACUCGCUUCAGUCCGUUGCAGCUUCCACUUCGGAGCGCAAGCACCUUCGUCCGCUUCUUCUUCUGCCUCCUCUCCUUUGAAAAAAGAAAUCCAAUAAAAUUCUUAAGAACCAUGGAGAGCGCAGAAGGCAACCUCUCGGACGCGGAAUACCGGAGCACGAUGGCCGCCUUUUACAACAACAGCGGCGGCGGCUUGUGCUCCAACGGCAGCGGGUGCGACGGCGAGCGCGCCCCGGGCGGCGAAGCAGACUACGGCGACGCCAACCCGGUCAUCAUCGCCAUCGUCAUCACGGCGGUCUACUCCAUCGUGUCCGUGGUGGGGCUGGUGGGCAACGUGCUCGUCAUGUACAUCAUCGUCAGGUACACCAAAAUGAAGACAGCCACCAACAUCUACAUCUUCAACCUCGCCUUGGCCGACGCGCUGGUCACCAGCACGCUGCCCUUCCAGAGUGUCAACUACCUGAUGGGCACGUGGCCCUUCGGCGACAUCCUGUGCAAGAUGGUCAUGUCCAUCGACUACUACAACAUGUUCACGUCCAUCUUUACGCUCACCACCAUGAGCAUCGACCGCUACGUGGCCGUGUGCCACCCGGUCAAGGCUCUGGACUUCCGAACGCCGCGCAACGCCAAGAUCGUCAACGUCUGCAACUGGAUCCUGUCGUCCGCCAUCGGCCUGCCGGUCAUGUUCAUGGCCUCCACCGUCGUCACUCCCUCGAGCAUCGUGGACUGCAAGCUGAUCUUCCCGCAGCCGUCGUGGUACUGGGACAUCUUGCUGAAGAUCUGCGUCUUCAUCUUCGCCUUCAUCAUGCCCGUGCUCAUCAUCACCGUCUGCUACGGCCUGAUGGUCCUGCGCCUCAAAAGCGUGCGCAUGCUGUCGGGCUCGCAGGAGAAGGACAGGAAUCUGCGUCGCAUCACGCGCAUGGUGCUGGUGGUGGUGUCCGUCUUCAUCGUGUGCUGGACACCCAUCCACAUCUUCGUCAUCAUCAUCGCCCUGAUCAACAUCUCCAGCUCCACCCUGCAGACCGUCACUUGGCAUUUCUGCAUCGCCCUGGGAUACACCAACAGCAGUCUGAACCCGGUGCUUUACGGCUACCUGGACGAGAACUUCAAGCGCUGUUUCCGCGAGUUCUGCUCAUCAGGCCCCUCGCUACUGGAGAUGCAGAACUCCACUCGGGUGGGCGCGGUCGGCCGCAGGGCGCCCCAGCGCGAGCCCAACAGUGCGCAGACGGGCGACAGGUCCAAUCAGCAGGUAUGACUAGCCGUGGAGGAGUCGUCCGUUGACUCUCGCUGUCGAGGUGGCGGCGCCAAUGACGACCUCAACUCGGAAGUCACACAAGUCACCACAGGGCUCUAAUAACUCACGCACGCUGACACUCACAUAUUAACGCACCUACACACGGAUUGAGAUUCAAAACGUUGCAAGUCGGCAAAUGGAGCAGGGAGACCAAUCGGAAACAGAAGGGGGUGUGCGGCACGGACAAAUAAGAAUUGUACAUACAAAGAUGCUGACCAUUGUUAUUAUUAUUAUUAUAAUAAGUAUUAUUUACGCCUGCUCUUCAUCGGAUUUGUAAUAGACUGCAGACCUCAGCCAAGGCCAGGUAAUCCCAAACGUGUACCAGGCAAUACUGUUUCCAAUCCAAUUCUCGAGAUAAUGUCGACAAAGAGAAAUGAUCGGUUGUCUCAAUAACUGUCCGAAAUAAGUGAAGAAAUACUGUAGCUGUUGACUUCUACCACUUUCACGCUGAACUGGUAGCACAUUUGGAGCCAGUGCAAGAACCACAUCACAAACCGUCAUGAAAGACCCAAAAUAAAAGACGGUGUCAAACGGUGAAAUACGGUGUCAAGAACCAUUUGAAAACCACUUGAUGAACCGGGCCAGGAACAUACCAAAAACCC